AUGAAUUUGUCUUCGGAUGUUCAUGGUUUGCCCGAAGCUUUGGUAACAGAUACUGAGAUCAAGCCAAAUGAUUUACCUUCUCAUAAUGGUUUCGAACAUGUCCACACCACCACCACAACUACUGGCACUCAAAGCACAAUUUCGCAAACACACAACCCGCCUGUUACUUCCAUUUCCACUAGCAAUCCCAAACCUCUCCACGCGAACUGCAACAGCAUACUAACACAUCCCAAUUUCCACUGUAAAACUGCCAGCAACCCCCUUACAUCACAAACCCAAUCUUCAAACCACCCUCACAACUCACAGCACAUACUCACUCUCUGUGAUGUUCCAAAUAUUUGGCAUAUUCCACUUGCUGUUUUAAGACCACAUAAUGGUAAACCUGUUAAUUCUGUGACAUUCUUGACUGCUCCACACCGCCCAGAUCAUAUCGUCCUUGUCACAGCGGGUCCGCUAAAUCAGGAAGUGAAGAUAUGGGUAUCUGGUUACGAGGAAGGCUGGUUAUUGCCUAAUGAUUCUGAAUCAUGGAUUUGUGUUCAGACUUUGGAUAUAAGAAGUUCUUCUGUAGCCAACCCUGAGGAUGCAUUCUUCAAUCAAGUUGUAGCGUUGCCUCGCGCUGGUUUGGUUCUGCUAGCAAAUGCCAAGAAAAACACAAUAUAUGCUGUGCAUAUAGAGUAUGGACCCAAUCCAACUGCUACUUGCAUGGAUUAUAUUUCCGAGUUCAUAGUCACAAUGCCUAUACUAAGCCUUAUCGGAACUAGUGAUAGCUUACCAGAUGGAGACCAUCUUGUGCAGAUAUAUUGUGUCCAAACACAAGCUAUUCAACAGUACGGACUCAAUUUAUCACAAUGUUUGCCUCCACCACUAGACAAUGUUGAACUUGAAAAAACAGAACCAAGUGUAUCUCGUGCUUGA